AUGGGUCUCUUUAGCGGUUUCGUAUCCCGGUCCUCAGGCUACCAUCCAGCGUCCAUUCUUGAGCACGAGUUCGAUUUCUCGGGCGCCAUAGGCCAGGGGCAGUUCGGCACGGUGUGGCACUGCUCGUCGCGCGCGACGAACCAACCCUUCGCGUGCAAGCAGAUUUGCAAGUCGCAAUUCUUGUCGCACAGCGACCACAUGCGACAGGUGUCGCGCGAAAUCGAGGCGAUGCAGAAGUUACAGGGCCACGCGAACGUUGUCGAUCUGCACAGCGUCUACGAGAACGACGCCUUUAUCUUCCUCCUCAUGGAACUCUGCCCCGACGGCGACCUUUUUAAACUCAUCUCCGAGCGAAACGGGCUGCCGGAGACCGAGGCGCGCUACGUUUUUAAGAGGGUCGCUCUCGCCGUGCAGCACUGCCACCGAAACGGAAUCGUCCAUCGCGACAUCAAGCCCGAAAACAUCCUCCUCCGCGAUCCGUCCCCCCCAUCCGAUGAGACAUCCACCGCCCACCCAUCCCUGGACGGGCCGAUUUGUCCUCUUCCGCACGCUCACGACACCGGUUCUUCCGCGGCGCUCGCCUGUGGCUGCGCGCCGAGCCGCGAGUGGGAAGUGAAGCUCGCCGAUUUCGGCCUGUCGAGGAGUCUCGACAAGGGGUCCCGCGUGCGAGGCCGCGUCGGGAGUUACCCGUACGAGGCUCCCGAGGUGGUCGCAUCUGAACCGUACGAUUGGUCUGCUGACGUGUGGAGUCUCGGGGUGUUGUUGUACACUAUGCUUGCUGCCAGCUGGCCGGAAUUUAAGGACGGACGGCGCGCGUUGAAUGAAGACGUUGACUGGUCGAGCCCGAGUUGGCGAUUGGUCAGCGACGCGGCGAAGAGCCUGAUUCGUCGCAUGAUGACGGUGAAGCCCUGCGAGCGACCCACAAUCGACGAGGUCUUGUGCGACGCGUGGCUAUGCGACGAGUCUAUUCUCGUCAACGCUCCCACGUCAAUUUAUGUAGAUGACAGCCACGCGAUGGCGUCAAUUGCUGUCGAAGUUACGAAGACCUUCGAAGCUUUCAAGUUCAUCGCCAGCCUACCGAGCGUGAAGAACUACAAGGAUGGAGUUUUAGUGGAAGAAGGCACGAACCUGCUGACCAUCAGCAACGAGCGGUCCUGUGAAGCUAAACAAGACACGGAGAAUCACCGCGUGGGGCGGAGCACUGAGAAGUUUCUGAACCAUUUUUGGCUUCCUGACAACGUGGAAGUCGAUAAGAGCGCUGCGUGCACUGAGACCGGCGUGCUCGCAGUGAUGGAUUCCUAG